UGUUACUCUCUCACUCAGUACUCAUCAUCGCCGUCUAACCGCUGAACUCGGCUUUCGAAAUGUCAAUGGACCUUGGAUUAAAAGAUGUACACGUCCUGGUCACAGGUGCCAGCAGUGAGAUCGGCGUCGAGAUCGUCCGCCUGUACCUGUCACUGGGUGCAAACGUGUCAGCUCACUACCACAGCAACGUCGAGCCUCUCAAAGGCCUAGCCAAAUCCUAUCGGCAUCACACCCAACUAACAAGAGCAGAUCUCUCCAACGAAGCCGACGUCGUCCGGAUGUUUGAAUUCAUCUCCCAGCAAUCCUUCGGCCCCGUACAGAUCGCAGUCCUCAAUCACGGCUCUUUUAACCUGGAGGAGAUCCCGACCGCUAGGAUGUCGCUCCACCAAUGGAACACCACCCUGUCCGUCAACCUGACGUCCUCCUUCUUAGUGUCCAGAGAAUACCUGAGGGGACUCGAAGACGCGAGCGCGGCGCAAAAGGACGAAGCGUGUAUAGUGCUCAUUGGCAGCGCGGCGGGGAAGUAUGGAGAAGCUGGUCGUGUAGACUAUGCCGCUAUUAAAAGUGGGCUGAUGACCGGGUUGACGUUGUCAUUGAAGAACGAGAUCGUAAAAAUAGCGCCGAGAGGGAGAGUCAACUGUGUCGUCCCUGGGUGGGUGAAGACGCAGGCGAAUAGAGAAGCAUUGGAAGAUCCGGAAAUCGUCUACAAAGCCCUUGCCACGGUUCCCUUGAAGAAAGUAGCUACUACCAAGGAUAUCGCCAAUCAGAUCGCCAUCAUAUCAUCUGCAACUGUGUCGGGACAUGUCACCGGGCAGUGGUUGAUGAUUGACGGCGGUAUGGAAGGCAGACUGCUCAAUCAACGAAGUGACAUCCACAUGCCAAUAUAGGCAAUGUUUUACUUUGUGCUUUAUGUUAUACACAUGUGUCAAUCUUAGCAUCUUAUU